GAGGGCGGCGGCGGUCGGCGCCGCUAUUGUUCCCGCUGGUUCUGCAGGAGGCGGUAGCCGCAAUGUCCGAGACCGCUCCUGUCGCCGCGCCCGAUGUGGCCGCAGCUGCCGCCGCCCCGGCCAAGGCCGCCGCCGCCAAGAAGCCGAAGAAGGCGACGGGCGGCUCCAAAGCCCGCAAGCCCUCGGGCCCCAGCGUCACCGAGCUGAUCACCAAGGCCGUGUCCGCCUCCAAGGAGCGCAAGGGGCUCUCCCUGGCCGCGCUCAAGAAGGCGCUGGCGGCCGGCGGGUAUGAUGUGGAAAAGAGUAAUAGUCGUAUCAAGCUGGGGCUCAAGAGCCUCGUCAACAAGGGCACCCUCGUGCAGACCAAGGGCACCGGCGCCUCCGGCUCUUUCAAAUUGAACAAGAAGCCGGGUGAGACCAAAGAGAAGGCAACCAAGAAAAAGCCGGCAGCCAAGCCCAAGAAGCCGGCGGCCAAGAAGCCCGCGAGUGCUGCCAAGAAGCCCAAGAAGGCGGCGGCGGCGAAGAGCCCCAAGAAGGCGAAGAAGCCGGCAGCCGCGGCGACCAAGAAAGCGGCCAAGAGCCCCAAGAAGGCUGCCAAGGCUGCGAAGCCCAAGAAGGCAGCGAAGAGCCCGGCCAAAGCGAAGGUGGUGAAGCCCAAGCCUGCCAAGCCCAAGGCGACGAAGCCCAAAGCGGCCAAGGCGAAGAAGGCAGCGCCCAAGAAGAAAUAAAUCGUACUGGAGAAGUCCCGUCUGCCUGGCAGACAAACCCAACGGCUCUUUUAAGAGCCACCCAAUUUUUACUAAAAAGAGCUGAAACACUUA